AUGACAAUUCUAAUUUUUUUAUUAUGUCGAUAUAUAUGUGCUGGACCAUUCCUACCAUUAUCAUGUCAACUGUUUUCAUUAAAUUGUCCAAAGGCCAGCGAUACACUUCAUGGAUUUGUAGAAGCGGAAUUUACCGAGAUUAAAAAUAUCUUUAGCAAGAAUAUUGAAAGUGGAUUGGAAAUAGGUGCAAGUGUUUCGAUUUAUUAUGAGAAUAAGUUGGUAGUAGAUUUAAUGGGAGGUUUCGCGGAUUGGGAUACCGGAAAACCUUACGAUGAGAAUACUUUACAAUUAACGUUCAGCAGCGUAAAGGUAUUGACAAGUUUUGUGGUUGCCAGAUUAGUCGAACAAGGAAUUCUUGAUUAUGAUGAGAAAAUUUCCACUUAUUGGCCAGAAUUCGCCCAAGGUAAUAAGGAAAAUGUUACAUUAGAACAUUUAAUGACACAUCGUGCAGGAGUUGGAUGGUUCGAUAAUCACUUAACAAAAGUCGCGGAACUUCAUGAUUUAGAUUCGUUCGCAAAAGUUCUUGAAUCUCAGCCACAUAAUUUCGGAGGAGUUCCUACCAUGUCAUAUCAUGCAUGUACGAGAGGAUAUUAUUUGAACGAAAUUGUACGUCGCAUGGAUCCAAAGCAUCGUACAAUCGGACAAAUCGUUCGAGAGGAAAUCAUGCCCCAGUAUAAUAUCGAAUAUUAUUAUUACACCUCCGAAGAUCUAUACAAGUCUCGCGUAGCACAAAUUUAUUCUUAUCCUGUUCCAAGGGUUUUAGCCAAAUUAAUCUUACCUGGAUUCAUGUUCACCAAUCCAGUACACCCAUUGUUUUUCGAGAUGAUUGCUCCCGGAACAAAAACUCACAAAACGUUAGUAAAUUCAUGCCCGAAUCAGGCUCAACCCAAAGAUUGGAAUAAAUUAGAAAUGGUUAAGCCAGAAGGUCCAUCAUAUAAUGGCAUAACAAAUUCCCGCAGUAUGGCAAAAUUAGCUGCCAUGAUGGCGAAUCAUGGUAAACCAAUUCCAGGCGAUAAAGUUGAACCUAUAUUAUUAAAAGAUGAAACCUUAGAAAAAUUCCUUGAAAGAACCCACUCAACAUAUGAUCAAUCUUUAUUAGAAGAGUUUACCAUGUCCAAAGGUGGAAUUGGAUUUUUCCGUUUACCAGGUCUUGAAGAUUAUGAAUUUCUAGGUUGGGGAGGUUCCGGUGGGAGUUUAUUAUUAUGGAACGAGGAAUUAAAAAUUGGAUUCGCUUAUUGUAUGAAUGCCUUUCACACUUCUUUACUAGGUGAUGAAAGAAGUUUGGCCAUGCUCAAAGAAACUGUACGCACUGUUUUACGGUUAAAAAAUAAUAAUCACUUUAGAGCUAAAGUUUUUUUAAGUAAUAACAAUGGUAAAAAUUCAUUCGUGCAAAAACGAAGUAAUGGAUCGAUCGAAUUUAUCAAGCAAUAUUCGCUGCGUAUUUAUACUACAAGUCAUGAUAGUAAUGCCUCCUUUGAGUACUUUUCUCGAUACUCUCAAUGUCCAUCAUAA